AUGCAAAAACUAAAAUCAAGUGAAGAUAUACAUGCUAAUUCAUUAUUUUUUAUAAAACGAGAUGGUCGAAAAAAAUAUGCUAUGUUUGAUAAGAUUAAAUCACGUAUAUCAAAACUUAGUGAUGGCCUUGAUCUUAACUAUGUUGAUCUAGCAGCUUUUGCUACAGAAAUUUUCAGCUAUCUUCAUCACAAUAUUACAACAGUUGAAGUUGAUAAUUUAGCAGCACAAAAAGCUGCUUCAAUGACAUUCAACCAUCCUCACUAUGGUAUAUUAGCUGGACGUAUUGCUGUCAGUAAUUUACACAAAGAAACAAAAGCUUUAUUUAGUGAAGUUAUGACUGAUUUGUAUAAUCAUAAAAAUCCUGAUUUGAAUACAGAUGCACCAAUUAUUUCAGAAGAAACAUACAAUAUUGUUAUGGCUAAUGCAGAAAAACUCAAUGCAGCUGUCAAACAUGAACGUGAUAUUGAUUUCAAUUAUUUUGACUUUAAAGUAAACAGCAAACGAGGGAAUACAUAA